GGCUGUGACGGGGUUGCGUCAUUUCCUGAAAGCCAAGCGUUCGGGGCUCCGUCCGCGAGACUCCACAGACAGUCUGGGGAGCUCGAGAGGACUGUGUCGUCGAGCAGGUCAUCUGGAAGGAUCGCAACGAAACUCGAAACACAAACGCCAUUUUAACGUAUAUUUCUUGCCCUCUACUUACAAUACCACUUGGGAUUAAUGUGGAUAUUCUGAAAACUGGAUUUACCAAGAGGAACUACAAGGAAAGACGAUGAGGAUAUCAACUUGGGAGCGUUUACAGACCCUCGAAUGAGAAUAGUAACUUUUUAUCGGGACGAAGAGGAUAUUUAUAAUCGUGUCACCGUGUGAUCGAUCUUGCGUAACUUUAUACUUAGGGCUAUUCCUGUUUUAUAUACAACGAAGGUUGUUUUUUUUUAGCUGCACCGGCGCUCUCCUUUCACGCGCCUGUUGACGGCGCGUGGCGGAGACACCGGAGAAGCUUCGGCUUGCGCCAGCUACCGGAGAAGGACCGGCUCGCGCCAGCCACCUGACCUCUGUACAGGAAAACAAGUGCUUGCUUAAUGAAACAGGCCGGUGGUUCUUGUCCAUUAUAUCCACGUUUAUUUCUUGACAUGGGCUACUUGUUGUUUACGGGUUGAAGGCUAAACUUCUCACGCGAAAGGAUUAACGUCACAAGUUCGAGCGUUUCCAUAGUGACAUAGUCGACAGAGUCGGUUUAUGUUAAUUAGCCGUUGGAUAUAGAUUUCGCGUAAUUUAUAGAAUGUAAACGUUUGUAUGGUGGAGUUUGAAGGUUGAACCGUUGUUUGUUGUUUUGUUUUGAACCACUUUAACCGCAUCAGACGUCCUCAAGCUGUCACUAUGACCAGAAGCAGGGUGCUACUUCACCCCCCCUCGAGCAGCGGCUCCAUGCCUAGUGAGUAACCGCUCCGGUGCGGCGGGCCGUGGCCCUGCGGCGGGAAGACCGCCGGCAUGAGCAGCAUGGAUCUCGAGCGCAUGUCGCUCAGCUCCUCGGCCAACUCCGUCGCCUCGAGUGCCCGGACACUGUCGGCCAACGUGAAGAAGCUCCACAACGCCUUGAACCUCCUGCUCAACGAGUUCGAGAGGGAGCAGUUCAUCCACUGCCUCAACGUGUACCACUCCAAGCGCAACGUGUACGACCUGGUGCAGACCCUCAAGAUCAUCCUGAACGCGCCGAGCAAACGCCAACUUCUGCCCAUGCUCCGGCUGGUCAUCCCCCGCUCGGACCAGCUGCUGUUCGACCAGUACACCUCGGAGGGUCUCUACCUGAAAUCGGAUUUAGUUGCGAGCAACGGGACCCUGGAGCCCCCGAACGAUUUGGCCAGUGGGAGCUCGACCCCGACCUCUCCACCAGCGCGGGAUGUGCCUUCGCCAAACAUCCCCCGCGAGUCCAAAGUGGCGCUGCGAGGCUCUCCGGAUAGUUUCAGCACUAGCAGCGAGGGGACAGCUCCCCUCGUGCCGCUGCUCGGUAAAAACUUUGUCCACGAGCCCCCCGGGGAGGUGCGCCAUGUGAUCAUGAAGCGGCACAAGAGCAACGAGGGUCUGGGGUUCAGCAUUCGCGGGGGCUCGGAGCACGGGGUGGGCAUCUACGUGUCCCUCGUGGAGCCCGGGUCUCUCGCCGAGAAGGAGGGUCUUCGGAUCGGGGAUCAGAUCAUGAAGGUCAACGACAAAGUGUUCGACAAGGUGACCCACGCAGAAGCUGUUAAGGUGCUGAAGGGCACCAAGAAGCUGUCGCUGCACGUGCGUUCGGUGGGCCGCAUCCCGGGGGGCUACGUCACCAACCACGUGUACACCUGGGUGGACCCCCAGGGCCGCGGGGUCUCCCCUCCCCCCGACCUCCCCGAGCACCGCAGCAACACCCUGCGACGCAGCGACACCCUGCGGCGCAGCGACAUGGCGCUGCUGCAGGACGGCGACGAGAAGAAGGUGAACCUGGUGCUGGAUGACGGGCGGUCUCUGGGCCUGAUGAUCCGGGGCGGGGCAGAGUACGCUCUGGGGAUCUACAUCACCGGGGUGGACCAGGGGUCUGCUGCAGAGUGCGGAGGACUCAAGGUGGGCGACCAGAUCCUGGAGGUGAACGGGCGCAGCUUCCUGGGCAUCCCCCACGACGACGCGGUGCGCGUGCUCAAGUCGUCGCGCCACCUGAUGAUGACGGUGAAGGACGUGGGCCGGCUGCCGCACGCCCGCACCGUGGUGGGAGAGACCAAGUGGAUCGCCAGCUCCCAGAUCUCCGAGACCUCCACCACCAGCAGCCUGGCGGGUGUUUCCAUGGACCAGGGAGCCUCCGCAGCCGGAAAGCCGGUGUUCUACAAGGGCGUGGCGGGCUCCCAGGUGACCCUGACCAGCGUGGUGAACCAGCCGCGGGCCAUGCUGGAGGAGCAGGCCCGCCACCUGCUGACGGAGGCGGAGCGGCAGACCAUGGGCUACUACGUGGAGGAGUACCGCGACGGGCACAUCGCCGUGGAGCCGCUGGUCAUGGCUCUGUUCGAGCUGCUCAACACACACGCUAAGUUCUCCCUGCUCUCAGAGGUGCGCGGCCUGGUCACUCCCCAGGAUUUGGAGCGCUUCGACGGGCUGGUGUUGCGCCGCGAGAUCCAGGCUCUGAAGGGCCGCCAGGGCCCCGCCGGAGCCCCGGGCCUCCACCCAGACUCCCAGUCCAUGGUGUCCUACCCCGACACGCUGACCUCCUCCUCCGCCAGCUUCAUGACCAACACCACCCUAAGCUCUGCCCGGGAGAGGUUGCUCUGGCUCAUAGAUAUGAUGGAGAACGACAGUGUGGUGGACAGUGAGAGGGACACUCUGGAGAGUUCAGAAACUCUGCUGCCAGACAUCUCGUUGGACGACGUCGACUCGUCCACACCCGAGCCCCCCCCCUCCUUUAAGCCACCCCCCCCCCCCGGGGUUCAGAGGAAACCCAGCCGGAGGGAUAAGGUGGACAAGCGCACUUCCUCCGAGUCCGCCCAAUCAGACGGCCUUUACUUCACCGCGCCCGCCUCCCGCAACCACCACGCCCCCACCUCCCCCUCGCCGCUCCCCGCCCGUCGAGACUCCUCCCACCAGUACGCCACCGUCCAGAGGAAAGGCCCCUCCCUCCCGCCCAUCGCGGCCCAGCUGGCCAUGGUCCACCGCCACCACAUCGGGCCCUUCCCCAGGGUCCAGUCCCCCACCAGGGGCCCUCAGCCUUCCCCCAGGUCCCCAUCCACACCUCCUCCGCCUCCUCCGCUCCCUGCUCCCGCCCCGCCUCAUCCGCCACCACCCCCACCCUCUCAUCCUCCGCCCCACACCCCAAAGACCAAGGCCUCGGCCAAGACCUCCCCCAAAGCCCGAUUUGUGACGGUGGAGCUCCACCGGCAGAACGCGGAGCCAGACCUCAACGAAGUGCGCCCCCUGCCCCAGCCUGGAGGUGGGACGCUGGCCCAGCAGUCGGACGGGGGUCAGACCCUGAGUGAGGACAGUGGGGUGGACCUCCCGGAGUCUCAGGGCCGCACUAGUAAGGACGGCCCCGGCCGCCCCGCAUGCAUACGCCCCCCACAGGGCGGCCCGGGGGGGGCGGGGGAGCACACUCCCAGACCGCCGGGUCUGCUGGAUCCCACCUCCCAACUGGUGAGGGUCGGUAAGAGCGCCACCACGCUGGGGAUCGCCAUCGAGGGAGGAGCCAACACACGCCAACCCCUGCCCCGUAUCGUCACCAUCCAGAGGGGCGGGUCGGCCCACAACUGCGGCCAGCUGCGGGUGGGUCAGGUGAUCCUGGAGGUGAACGGGGUUUCCCUCAGGGGCCGGGAGCACCGGGACGCCGCGCGCCUCAUCGCCGAGGCCUUCAAGAACAAGGAGCGCGACCACGUGGACUUCCUGGUGACAGAGUUCAACGUGGCGCUAUAGCUUGAAGAGGACGAGGAGCGGUGCUGAAGGGAAGUCGAAUGAGUCUCACUCCCCUCGCGGUGGAUAAGCGCUAACAAGCAGCUAGCUGUGAUCAGCGCUAGCAGGGUGGGGGGGGGGGAACUGAAUGCAGAAUGUCGCAUUCCUUCACCCGCCGAGCGUUUUGUUCCAAGAUGGUUGCUAGGUGGGGGUUUAACACACAUUCCAAGCGGCCAUUUUGGUGCCUUUUCACCAACUGGUGAUUUGGUUAUUCUAGAAUUUGGCGCGAAGAACCAAGAUGGCGGCUUGGAAUGUACUUUUGGAACUAAGGAUCACAUGGUGGAAACCGUCCAGUAAGGCACAUUGAAGGACUAACUGCACCCCCGGCUUCCAGGAAUAAGAACAUUAACAUUUGAAUUAAAUGCUUUCCAUACUUUCUACCCAGCAGGAAGACAGACGGCAGAUACUAUGAGCCUCUAUAGUUUUGAUAGAUGCGUCAUCAUUGCACGGCCCCCCUCUCUCUAGCCUUCAGCCUUUCACCUGCUCAACCAACCUGUGAAAUGUGAAGGCACAAGCCCUCAUCCAUCAUGGGAGGGAUGCUUCUAGUCUAUCCACGCCUUCCGGGAUCAAGACACCAACCCUGUGGAGAUGGAUAUUGGUCUGUAACUCGCGUCCCCAGAACUAGGGGUCGGAUGGAUGGCGCCCUGAAUUAUUUUUGUUUUCGUAGUCGUAGCGCUGCGCUUGAGUCACUAGCGGAACGAUCCGCUGUUUGAACAACAAGCCGUUUGAACUUCCGAUAGCCCAGCCUCAUCGUCUGUCCUCCUAAUGGCUGAUCCUCCACACACAAACAAACCUCUCUCUGUCGCUCUCGCUCCAGCUAAAAAAGAAAAACCAAGAUGGUUUCCCUUUAUCAGCCUUUCCUCUUAUACCUGUUUUUCUUUUGUACAAAUGAACAAAUGUAGAUACAGAUAUAUAUAUACACGCUACACAUUCAUAUAGAUAAGAUAUAUAUAUAUAUAUGGAUUAGAAUCAAUGCUGUAUGACACCAUGAGGUGCAGACUAAAGCAAAUUCAUACAUAGGCCUAUGUUUCCAUUCUUGGUUAGUAUUUGAAGUAUUUUUUCUGUUUGUUUCCGGCAGUGAAAUCAAGGAAAAGUUAUUGGAGCAAAACAUGUAUAAAGAAUACAUGGUUAGCUUGGGUUCAACAAAGUUAGUAUAUAAAAGUAAUAAUUAUAAUUAACUUUAUUAUUGUAGCACUUUUCAAAAUAAAAGUUAUUAAUGGUGCUUUGUGGGAAAUCUCACACAAAGAAGCAGAGAGAAACCAUUUCAAACCCAGUAGGGCUAAAAAAGGUGAGAGCUUGAAACUGGUAUGAAUGGAAACAAAAUAUAUGUUGUUAUUUCCUGUUAUUCUUCCACUCGUUUCUGUGAAUCCUUUGCACUUUUCAGCCUUUCCAUUCGAGUAUUGCUACUUCUGUUAAUUUUGUUGAUUUUGUGAAUACGUCAACAGGGACUUGCCGUAGCCAUGAUGCCAUACGAUGAUGAGGAGAUGAGGGAUAUUUAAGAGGAUGACGAAGCCAAAGAUUUUAGAAAUUAUGUACAGGCAUGUUUAAUCAAACACACAUGGACAUGAGCACACAGACACAGGCGCACACACACACACACACACACACACACACACACACACACACACACACACACACACACACACACACACACACACACACACACACACAGACACACACACAUCAUGCUUGCAAGUACCCAUCACAGAAACAUAAUUAACAGAUAUGCAUUCAAAUUCAGAGAGAUGGAGGGAAUGAUAGAGAGAAUAAGGGAGAACGAGAGAGGAAAUAGAAUGAUGGAGGGAACAAUAGAGAGGGUGAUGGAGAGUGCAAGAAUGAUAGAGAACAACGGCGAUAGGGAUGGAGAAUGGUGAAGAGAACAAUUGGAAGAGAGCAUCAUAGAGAGAACAAUAGGAAGAUAGAAAGAAAGAUAGAGAUACGAAGAGGUAGUGAUGUUGUUAUGGAGAUGUUUGGUCAUUAGGACAACCGGAGUAGACUGGGGCACACGCAGUACUCUGGGUGAUUCAUUAUCUUAUGUUCCUGCUGUGUGUGUAUUUGUGUGUGUAUGUCUUUGUUUUGUACAAUGUAUGUGUGUGUGUGUGCACAUAUGCGUCUGUGUUUUGUGGGUGCCUAUGGGAUGGUGUCUUUUUUGUUUUGUGUGUGUAUGGGUGUGUGCGCACAAGUUUGUGCUUUGUGUGUGGUGUGUAUGUGUGUUUGCUUGUGUUUAAUGUGUGUGUGUGUGUGUGUGUGUGUGUGUGUGUGUGUGUGUGUGUGUGUGUGUGUGUGUGUGUGUGUGUGUGUGUGUGUGUGUGUGUGUGUGUGUGUGUGUGUGCUUGUUUAAGUGUUUGUGUCCGUCCUCAACACUAUUAUCUAAUGUCGUACUGGGAGUACGAAGAGUGAAGCAAGGCUUAAUAAUUACCAAAACUUACCGGCAGGAACAUGUUAGCAAGUCCCAGACGUUGGAGGAACUAAAGAGAACUGUACAUGUUCUGGGAAGAUAGGAGAUGUGUCUGUUUGUAAAAACACACACUACAUACUGCCACAGAGAGGGGACAGUACACACACUGAGACAAGCUCUGUUUACGCUUUCAAAUGUUCCCUGUGCCGACUCCCACACCUGCCCCUGGCUAUCUCCACACACACACACACACACACACACACACACACACACACACACACACACACACACACACACACACACACACACACACACACACACACACACACACACACAUAAACACAACUCCCCCCACACACACAUACCCAAGUGCACACACAACUCCCCCCACACACGCACACAUACCCAAGUACACGCACACACACACACACACACCUGUUUACAGGUGCACACAGACCUCACUGCAAAAUAGGACUUAAUGAAAAGCUGAAGAAAUAUUCAAAAACACUUCAAAUAUAGAGAUGAGAUCUUGUGAUUUGAUCACAUCUUGUACUCACCACACGCUGAUGACAGCGCCAUUAAUCAGGGAAGACAGAGAGAUGCUUGAGCCCUGAGACAGCGACUUCAUCUGUUACCACGGCAAUUCAAUGGUUUUGUCAUUUUGUUUUGUUUUUCUCCCUACUUCACUUAAGGGAGGAGGAGGAUCAAAUCUAAAAUCUCUGUUUCAGCUGUCGCCUUUGAUGACAAGCUCAUGAUGGAACAUUUGGCGAUAUUAGAUUCUUGAGUAGCAACAACAUAGCAUAGCAUUGUUUUAUGGCUUUUCCUCCGGUAUAUCCAAAUGUAGUUUCGCCAACUGAAAGACAUUAUAAAUAAAAUUAAUUAUGAAGUGGGAUCUUUAUAGCAGAAAAAAGUUUACGUGCACGUGUCCACCACCAAUAAAGUUUGACGGCAAGUCCCACAAUUUCCAAUGUGUGCAUUAUUUUGAUGUGAUGGAAAAAGGCACAUAAACAAUUCUUGGCACUUUGGUUCCUCUUCUCAAGAUUAAAUCCACACACGUUACUAGACCUCGGAACUAUGAUUUCCAUUCUUUUUUUUUUUCCUGUUUAACUCGACCGAUAUCACCUGCACAAAAGGCCAGUCUUCUGUUAUCCCCUGAAAUGUUCAGACAUCUGAUUUUGCCCGUUUUUUUAUGUAUUUUCCUCGCUUGCAGAUUUUCAUGUGAAAUGCUAUUUAUACAGAAAGUGUGUUUAAUUUUACAAUAAAGGUUACUGCACAAAACAGA